UCUUACGUUGCACACCUCACGUAGUUCUAUUUGUCACUAGUUUACUUUUUUACUCUUUAAAACUCGGUCGAAAUGGCGGGUGCAGUGGCUAGAAUAACGGUUAAAAGUGGUACAAUAAUCGCCCAGCGGUCAAGUGUGGUCGUCGGUGUUGGUAGAUCGGCCAGAUUUGCCAGCAGUACGUCACAAACAGGCGGAGUUCCGGGUCACAAAUCGCGACGUCUGCUGACUUUUGUGGGCGGUAGUGCCAUUUCCUUGGCCGCCCUGGCGGCUUUCAUUAAACUACGGUCCGCGGAAAAUCCCGUGAAUGCAGUUAGCCUUAAGAGGCGCAUGCGCGACGAUAGCGAGCUGGAGAACGUGAAACUAACGGCCCGGGAGCGCCGCUUCAUCAAGUUUGCAUCCGUGGAGUACGAUGAUCAGCUCUAUAUGACCCCGCAGGACUUCCUAGACUCCGUUGUGGAGCAGGAACCCAGACCUCGCUUGAAACGUCGCCAGUUGUCCAGCGAUGAAGUGGAUAAGUACAAGGAAAACACUCCUGCUUUGAAGAAGGGCUCCACACGUCUGUUUCGCAACCUUCGGGACAAGGGCAUUGUCUCCUAUACGGAAUAUUUAUUUUUGCUAUCCAUUCUAACAAAACCCAAAUCGGGUUUCCGCAUCGCCUUCAACAUGUUCGACACGGAUGGAAAUCAGCGCGUUGACAAGGACGAGUUUCUAGUGAUAAUUUCCAUUUUGGCCGGCGCUUUAAAAGACACUCAAAAUGUCGAUCCGCAAACCAAGCAAAUUCUCUCGCGUUUAGUUUCCUACGAUGAGCAAAGUCAAAUGACGAAACCCAUGGCAGUGCCUCAGGCGAAGAGGGGUCUAAUGGAGCGCAUUUUUAGUGGCGCUUGGAAGGAGAAGCACGGCGAGCAAGAGCCAGAAGAGGAACUCGCAACGCCCACUCCCCUUGAGCAGAACUAUGUGAACGAUGGCGAGGGUCUGCAGCGGCGUCACAUGGUGCCCACCACCCUGCAGCUGCACUUCUUCGGAAAGCGGGGCACUGGGGUAAUUAACUACGAUAACUUCUACCGCUUCAUGGACAACCUGCAGACGGAGGUGCUCGAGCUGGAGUUCCACGAGUUCUCCAAGGGCAACAGCGUCAUCAGCGAGCUGGACUUCGCCAAAAUCCUGCUGCGGUACACGUACUUGGCCACGGACGAGUAUGAUGUGUUCCUGGAGCGCCUGCUCGAGCGGGUCAAGGAUGAGAAGGGCAUAUCUUUUCACGAUUUCCGGGACUUUUGCCAUUUCCUUAACAAUCUGGAUGACUUCACGAUCGCCAUGCGCAUGUAUACGCUGGCGGAUAGGGCCAUUUCAAAAGAUGAAUUCUCGCGCGCUGUGAAGAUCUGCACCGGCUAUAAGCUCAGUCCCCACUUGAUCGAUACCGUGUUUGCCAUCUUCGACGCGGAUGGCGAUGGCCUGCUGUCCUACAAGGAGUUCAUCGCCAUCAUGAAGGAUCGCUUGCAUCGCGGCUUCAAAGUAAGUGGUCGGUUCUUUGAUUACAACGAAGCUCUGGACGCCUACGAUGAGCCCGAUUAUCCGCUGUUUGUGGCCUGGCGACAUCGGGUGUGUCGCCACCUGGAUUACUUCAUUGACAGCGAUGCGCUUUGGCACUGAUUACUGAUUAUUUAUAUUAACUUAAUUUAUUUUAAGUCAUUUAAUGAGUACCUCGUUUUGUUUGCCGCUCUUGUUCUUUAUCGCUGCCUAGCAUUGAAUGUGUGUGUUCAUUUGAUUUUGUCGCGACUGUAAGCGUUUUUGCUUUAAGCUUCAUGUUUAACUGCGUUAACUUAUAAUUUAGUUAAGGACAUUAACCCGAUUUCAUGACAUUUAUUAUUAUUAUUAUUAAAAUUCGCUUUAAUUUGAAUUGGCCAUAUAACCAUUAAACCCUAAAAUAUACACAGAAUUGGUUUUUUAUUUAUUGCACCUUGUAUGUCCAAAAACAUCACUGAAAUGCAAAGGACAGAACUUCUAACUAUGCAAAUGUAUUUUUAGUUUAUAAAAAGUGGGUUUCCUUUUAAGCCCAUUCCAUAUCAUAUUAUUUUCAUCGCAUUGCUCGUCCAAGGUCUGUUUUCUGUGACUCACAUGUCUAACAACGAACUGGGCUACGUGCUGUGCUUUAUUGUCCAGGUUAAAAGUCCAAGCACCAGGUGAUUA